CAUCGCACUCACCUGUGUUCAAAAUUUUUCUCAUUUGAGUUCCUUCGACUUGUUUUGACCUAUGCAGCAAUGUUUUGUGUUCCAAAAGCUAGAUGUUGUCACAGACUAAACAGAAUUUCCCAGACAAGACAGCUGGUGGAUCGCCUUUUUCAUCUUUCUGUCAACAAGCAUCAAAUUUGUUCGAGACGUAAAACAUGACGAGACGUUCUCCCGCAACUGAGAGUUUUAGCAGCUGAAAGCGUACAAUUAUGUUUAUAAACAACGUUUACAAACAACACACAGCCUUCGUUUUGAUUCGGAAAUCCUUGCUGUUAAUGAAAGUCGCGAGGAAACCUUGAUAACCACGACUGCGCUACAAGCACUUUCCGGGGAGGCUUGCACUAGCCUGAGUCCUAGUUAGAAUGUUGACGUCACAACAACAAUCAGCAGUGGUAGGAAGACAUAUAUGCUGUUUUGUUUAUCUUUAAUUCAAUCUUAGUCUCCUAGAUUUGACUUGACAAUAAAUUGGUUCUUUUAAGAAGCCAUUUCGUCGCUUGCUGAAUAUUUCUACAAAGUCGUCUUUGCUCGUUAUUUCUCUUGGUCAUUGAAAUUGCAACUCUUCUUAUUAUGUGCGGUGGGAGUACAUCCAUAGUGGGGCGUACUACGCAUUGGUGUCUCGGGGCACGCUUCCUUUGAUCCGAUGGUUUCUCGGGGACUCACCAACCAUGACCUGACUGUUUCUUCGAUAUAGUCCUGGUAUUGCUGAAAGUUUAUCCUCUUUAAAGAGCGUGCAGACCUCGAUGCAUUCGAUUGCAAUAAUAACGUAAUAAAAUGCAUGAAAAGCUAAAACUAAAAAAGAUCAACCUUCUUUUGGAAGGAAACAUUCGAUUAAUGUCAACAAAAGUACAAAUACUACAUACUGACUGCAAAUUUCAGGUUUCAAACAAACUAAAACACGGGAGAAGCACUGCUCAUUUGUUAAAAGGGGCACGCAACGAGUUUGGCAGGAAAGUGAAGGGGGGGAGUCUCCCCCAGCUCUCUGCUCCUACGCCGAUACUUGACAUAUAAAUCCCUAACCCAGUUCUUACAGAAAAAUUUUAUGAACAAGGCUCAUAUACUGGGUUCUUACGUCCUGUUACGAAGCGAGCUGCAAUUCAAAGUAAAGAGUUUACCAAUAAAUCCUUUUCUGAUUAACGUCCAUUACGUCUUCCUAAUCUCUACUAAUGUCACUUACUACAUGGGCUCCGACACGGGUUGGGAAGUGGGAGGAGGCAAGGGAAAAUUUAACGCCCUUUAACAAAAGAUUUUGAAAAAGCUCAUGGCUCCCGGCCCCCUCUUCGUCGGAGUCCUUGAUCUAAGUGACUAUAGAGCAAUGUUCCAGCUCUCUCCCAUCUCUACCACUGCUGUGUUCUUUGACUUAGUUUUCACUUUCCCACUGGCUGCACUAUCUAACUUAUUAAUGCUUGAAUUUUGAUAUGGAGUCGCCAAAACACCAUUUUGGUAUGGGCACGAAUGCCACAAACUUGAACAAAGAACGGUUUUGAUUUAAUGCAAGUUUAAUGGUCUGUUAUCUCAGUUCCUCCUUGCCGGUGUUAGAUUUACAUGACCCCAUUAGGGCUGUUGCUUCUGUUGCUUUCCUGAGAACCACCAGGUUUCUGCUUAUACAUCAGCUCCUUUUCAUAACGUCGAACAAUCAAAGUUUUAUAAUGCCUCUGUCUGGUAAUAAUCAUAACAAGGAAAGCUAAAACAACUAAAAGGGCAGAGCUGCUAAAAGCCAGCAAUAAGACUUGAAAGUAAUUAAACCGAGCUUUUCUCUAGGAGUAUACCUUCAGGCCUUACGAAGAAAAACGAUAGUUUGAUUGCUUGUUACACAAAAGACACCAUGCUACCGGUAUUUUUGAAUCCUGUAGUUUUGUUUUCAAAUAUUAAUAAAACAUAUCAACUGACCAGUGAAGUGCCAAAAUUAAGUUUAUGUUAGUAUUAAGCACCUGCUCCACUGAUAUUAGUUUCUUUUGCAGGACGACAAACUUUGAGAAAGUCAGUAAUUAUGCAUGCGUCAAAGCAAGAUUGUUUUUUUCUAUAAGAGUAAGGGCUUGCAAAAACCGAACUAAACAAACAGAGUUUGUGUUACCAAGAGACGUUAGUACCAAAGCUCUGGCAAAUGAACAGAGAACGCGUUGUCGCAGAAGAACGCUGUUUAGAUAUGAGCUUCGCAAAUACAACUGGAACAGCUGCUAAUACAAGUCCUAUUUGUAUAGGUUAUAGCAGUUAUUACAUCACUUUCACGGCUUCUGUGCGCAUGCAUGCCAUUGCCAUGGCAGUCUUCAAUGUCAUGUUCUCUGUUGUUGCAACAGUUGGUAAUCUUCUUGUUUUAUGGACAUUUAUCAAAACACCAGUGCUACGUAACUCGUCGAAUUAUCUUCUUGGAAAUCUAUGUUUGACUGAUCUGUUUGUUGGUUGCGUAACACAACCGUUGUUCGUAAUCAAAUACGCGCAAGAGGCCGCAGGCGUACACAACUGCAUAUUGAAAAAGAUUUCAACAUUAUUUGCCUUUACAGGUAGCAGUAUCUCGGUAAUUAUCGUGGCAGUUAUAAGCAUAGACAGAUGUUUUGCUAUUUCGUCACCAUAUAAGUACCAACGGAUAGUUUCCCUCUCUCUUUAUACCAAAGUUUUGGUUCCAAUAUGGACAGGAACGAUCUUUGCAAACAUACUAAUGGCCUUUGAGGUUAUCGAAGAGAACACAUACUGGGUUGUGAAUUCAACUGGGUUUGCUAUUGCUUUUUUCGUAGUAUUGGUAUCUUACGCAAUUAUCUUUAAAACAGUGAUUCGACAGAGCAGAAGAGCACGCUUAGUUAAUUUGGGGAAGUUCGAUACAACUUUAAAAACGUGUAAAACAACGAACAAUAUUUCGAAUCCAUUGAAAGAUACUACAAGAAGACAACCAAACGAAAUAGAAGGGUUUAUCGCUUCACCCUGCAACACUGAUGCUGAAAUCAGAUCUGCUAUUGAUGAUGACGUCAUUCAUAAAAACAAGCUUGAGAGCAAUGGAAAUCAUACGAUAACUAACCCCAAAUGUUCCUCAAAGAAUAGCAAAGACGAUCUAAAGGUCUUUCAUAAGAAAACAAAAGUUGCAAGCAUAUCAGAGAGGGAAGGUGAAGUCGCAUGCGCUCAAAACUGCAAAGAGGGUUCCAGACCAAGAGGCUGUUCGUCAUCAAGCUUUCAUUUGCAAAUUUCUUCUUGUGCUAAAAGCAGUUCCAAAGGAGCCUCUACAGAUUCAAAUGAAAAACGUGGAGCAAUCACUAUUGCCAUCAUAAUACUAACACUUACAGUUUGUUACAUCCCUUUUACUAUCACCCUUGGGUUUCAUCAUAUAUUUCAGGAAAACGGAGUAUUUGGAUAUCUUUAUUCUUCGUGGACAUCGUGUUUCAUUUACCUUAACAGUUCAUUAAAUCCCAUUAUUUACUGCUAUAGAAACAAUAUUAUUCGUGAAUCUGUGUUGCGCAAAUUAAAAUGUUUUUAAAACUACGAACUACCGAUAUGGACACAAUUAAACUAAACGUUUCCAUCGUUUCGUUCACUUUGCCCCGUUUUAAACCGAACACAAGAAAACGGAAAUUAGUUCCUCAAACUGUGCAGGGUUUUCAAAAGUUCAAAGACAAGACUGAUUUUGUUGUAGACAAUAUCUUUCUUUAAUGACAUAUAAAGGGGGUUUUCUUUUUUAAAAAAGCUCUUAUCUUGAAGCCCCUGUAGAAAGUUGCGUACUCAGUCAAAAACCUGUAAGCUUUGCAUCUUUCAGCAAAUUACAAUUAAAUGACACAAUGAUACAUCCGAACUUUGAUCGUAUCUUGCAUCUAUCAUAUCUUACUUUGCUUAAUGUUUACAAUUUAAUCAUAUACCGGUCAUAUGCUCAUUAACUAAUUACUUUUUGGCCACUGGGUAAUACCGAAUAAUCAGCCCGUGCAGUGACAUUUCAUAUUGGUAAAUUGUAAUCAUGACCUAAUAAAUUGGAAUUGAAUUUUGGGAAAAAGGGUCUACUCAAUGCAUUAAUCAAAGCUUCAUUUAAGCUUUUUUCCAACUAAAACAACCAUCAAAUCAGACCAAAUUUUUCUAGAUAUUUCAAAACAUUACACUGUUAUUCCCACUGAUUUCUCAUGUCGUAGUAUGCUGAAUUCUGAGUUAUAGCUUGAAGGCUUCUUUACAAUUAAAUCCGUUCAGCAAGCUAUCAUUCUACUUUGUAACUAGGCCAUGUGUCUUUUAUGUUCUUGCAGGCCAUCGUUGUAGUCAAUUGUUAUAAUGAUCAUAAAUAAUCCAUGGCCUGAUGAAGAUUAAGAUAUUUUCACAAAAUUUUAAAUUGCGGGAGAAACAAGUGUAUUUAAAGACCUUCGCUAUUAAAGGGAGGCACUGUCGUCAAUGUCUCACCAAAAUAUUGUCGGCUUUGGGUCCGGAUCCGGCCUACUUUUCUGUUGUUUUUUCUGCAUUGCUGACAUGAUCAAUCCAAGUUAUCGGUAAACUCAAUUGCAAAAAUAAACACAUACCACGUUGGUUUUCUUCUGCUUUUGUAAAUGGCCACCAUUUUGAGAAAGUAUUCUAUAUCAGAAAUCAUGUCCAGCAAAAUACUUUGCUGACGCCAUUACUGCUUCGCGCCAGCAGUUGUGCCUCUGAUCCAAGAUGAGACUACCGGGAAACAUUACG